CUUCGCUCCCUUUGCCUGAGUGGCUGUCUGUGCCGCGGCGGCGCGCAGGGAGCGGAGCAGAUGGUGUCCGGUGGCUCCCCCGGGAUGAAGCCUCCGUCCGGCAGCUCUCGCCGGCGGAGCGGAGGGUAGUGCUUGGCGAGGUGGGUUGGCUGGCCCUGGCCGGCCAUGAGCCCCGCAGGCGGCGGCCAGACUCUCACGGGCUGAUUCUUCCCGGAGUGUUUGCGUUGCGCCCUGUCCGGCAAGAAGCUCUCGAGGGAGUCCCGGGACCCUGGCUGGGAGCGACUGAGCAAGGACUUCGCGAGCCGUCUCGAUCCAGCCCCCCCCCCACCCGUUCUGUUUCGCUUUUCCUUCUCUUUCUUUCUGCCCUCCCCCCACCCCGCCCCAUUCCCUUCCUUCUUCCACGGUCCCCCCCCCCCCCGGUUGUCCUUCCACUGAGUCUGCCUAGCACCAUGCCGCUCCGCCUAAGACCCCCCCUGUACGGCUUGGCUCCUGUACUCCUGACCCUGUUGGCUGUGCCUCUGGGAGCCCCCACAUGUCCAAUGCUCUGCACCUGCUACUUUCCUCCACCCACAGUCAGCUGCCAGGCCAAUAACUUCUCCUCUGUGCCACGGGUUCUGCCGCAUAAUGCUCAGCGCCUCUUUCUGCAAAACAAUCUGAUUGGGACCCUGCGAGCUGGCAUGUUUGGGCCCAGCCUUGUCACCCUCUGGCUUUAUUCUAACAAUAUCUCCUCCAUCCAAUCUGGCACCUUCCGCCAUCUGCAAGCACUUGAAGAACUGGAUCUUGGGGACAACCGCAAUUUGCGCACCCUUGACCCGGAUACUUUCCACGGGCUGGAACGAUUGCAGUCUCUGCACCUUUACCGUUGUCAGCUAAGCAGCCUACCAAAUACCAUCUUCCGCAACCUCUUCAGCCUCCAAUACCUCUAUCUUCAAGAGAACAAUCUGCUGUGCUUACAGGAUGACCUUUUUGUGGACUUGGCUAACCUGAGCCAUCUUUUCCUGCAUGGCAACAAGAUUUGGCAGCUCUCAGAGAAUGUCUUCCGGGGCCUGUCUGGAUUAGACCGCUUGUUGCUACACAGGAAUCGCCUGCAUACAAUUCCUACCUGGGCCUUUCGUGAUUUGCGCAAGCUUACCAUUCUGUACUUGUUUAACAACAGCCUGACAACCUUGUCUGGGGAAACACUCUCAAACUUGCCCUCACUGGAGUUCCUGCGCCUCAACAACAACCCAUGGGCCUGUGACUGCCGUGCCCGCUCUCUCUGGAUCUGGUUCCAACACACACGUGUCUCCAUCUCAGAUGUCAUAUGUGCAUCUCCUGCAGAGCGCAAGGGACGUGACAUGCGUUACCUAAAAGGAACUGUCUUUCAGGACUGUCCUCCAACCAAUCACCAGCCUGUUGGUUUUGACUGGGGUUGUAGGCCUGAAUGGGAGAAUGGAGCAGUUCAUCCCCAUCCCAAUGGUUCAUCCAAUCACCUCUAUGGCCUGGGAGGGUCACCACCUGCUGAUCCCUCCUCCUUCUACAGAGACGUGCCAGCCAAUGAGAUUCGAAGCCCUAAGUAUGACCCACCUACAGAGGAUGACUAUUGGGGGAGCUAUGGCAGUGAAGAAGGAGGACAGCUUAAAAAGGGGUGUUCAGGACCAGGUUGUACCUCUCUGGACUCUGGAGCUAUCAGGAUUGGCUUUCUGUCCCUUCCUCUUCCCUGCCUCCUGAUGCUAUUGGGGCCUUCCUGGUUUUGACAACAGAGGCUGGCUGCUCUGCUGAAUGCUGAUUGGCUUUGGGAACUGAGACUGAAGCAUAAGUCAGGACAGAUCCUCACCUAGCACUUUGCUGAGGCCAGAGUGAUAAGCCUUCACCCAUUCACAAGGGCAAAGGCUCUAUUGCUGCUGCUGUUUUCCUGGCCUGUUACAAGACUAAUGCUGGAGCCACUUUCUGGGUGGUAUCUGAACAUGUUUUUCCUGAACAUAUGGCAAGAGCAUUCCUUUUUCAUUCUGGGGUAUGGUGUCUCGGGAAAGUUAUGCUCACUAAAUGUUAUUGCUUAAUGGGGCUGCUAUGGGCAUUGUUUGUUUCCCGUGUCCUGGCCAGCAUCUCCCUAGUUAAACCCAGUAUGAGCCAGGAUCUCUUCCGUACAUGAUAAGAAAUUGCAGAAUGGAUAAGAGCAUCUGAUUUUCAGAGCUUCUUUCCUCAAUCUCCUGUCAUGCACGCAAGUGCCUGCUUUAUCCAAUGAGAUUGGAUCCUUCAGCUAAAGAGAUAACUGUGUCCUCUUCCAGAACUGGCACUGACUAUAGGGCCCUUGUCACCACUGAUUUCUUCCCCAGUAUGUGAUGGAGGCAUAUUCACACGAAUGGACGAAGUGCUCGUUUACUAAGCACAAAGCUUGGCUUAUCACAAGGUAACCUUCCUUCCCAGGGAUUGUGUCUGGAUAAUGCUGCUGAAGCCAUGUCUGUGAUGGCCAUUCCAUAUGUCUGUGUAGCGGUUGCAAUUGUCGCAUGAUAAACAUGCGAAUUGUCCUUUGGUCGUAACAUCUGGUCUUUUGGGGUGGUGAUGGGGGCAUGUUCCCUUCCCUUGCUGCCUCUGUCUCCUCUUUUAAAAGGCAAAAAAAUUGGAAAGCUAUUAAACUAUUUUAAUACA